AUGCGGUGUCAUUUCUUCAUUCACGGCAGAGAUCUAAAUGACUUUGUGCUUUUGAAUGGACCAGAGAUUUCACUGUUUUAUGUUAAAAUUGAUGGAGAAGGUGGAGCUCUGAGGAGGUUGUACUCUACGGCAGAUUUGAAUCCCGAGGAGUUAAUUGCAGCAGUUUAUGAACAGUGGCUUUUCUCGGAUUUGAAAGAUUCGUCACUUCCCAGCUUACAGCAUCUUCUUCCUGACCAAUCCCAAAAGUGGAUUGAUUUCCAUGAUGGAAUGAUUGAGUCGCUUGUUGACAUCAGCAAACCAUUUCACUCUCAAUAUAAAGCGCUGACAUACGAGUUUGAAGACAACACUGGCUUUUCAACUAGCGAGCCGGAAUCAGAAAAGUGUUAUAAUGGAAAGAUUGGUAUCACUGUUUUUACAGUUGAAUUUCAGAAUGUUAAACGUGUUAUGGUGCUAAGCUUAAGCGAUGGCUUUACGUCAUUAAAAGGCGUGGAAUAUAGGGAAAUGCCAGCUCUAUCGUUAUUAACGAGUCCUGGUUGUAAAGUGUUGUUGCGCGGUAGAAUAGGCUAUCGUCGUGAUACUCUUCUUUUAACUGGUAAAAACUGUGCCUUUCUUGGAGGAGAAAACGAGAAUUUUUUCCGAACAGGUCGGCCAGUUAAUGUAAUGGGUGCAGCUCUAGAAGGAAAGAAAAGUGAAAGCAGUGAUAGACGACCUAAAAUAAGCGUCAAUAAGCGCCGACAUUCGUCACCUGUAACUGUGCAGGAAAAAAUUGAAAUCGUUGGAGGACCUAGAAGUCGAGCUAUGACUAAAGUUAAUGGUCAUAUUGCAUCUGCAAAUGCUUCGACGUCUCAGGACAUGCCACAGAAUUCAAAUGAAGACUCGAGAACUGAAAGCAGUUCUACUUCUGAAUUUGGGUUCAAGUUUAAUUCCAGGAAAACACGGAGUGUCAGUAGUACUGGAAGAGUAGCAAAAUCUGGUUUGAUUGAAGAUAUUGUCGAUUUGAACCCUUCAAAUCUAUCACCGGGAAAUCUAUCUACUUCCGAAAAUUCUGAUCGCAAGAAGUCGCUUUCUUCUACGGUUUCUGCAAAAGAAGAUCAGGCAAAGCCGCUUAUUACUAACUGUUUAUCGCACCCAAACAAAUCUUCUAAUUCAAUUGCUGCUAGUCAGACUGGAAUUCCUGUUCGAGCAAAAUUUAUAAAGAAGGAAAUAAAGGAAGAAGAGGAUGAGGAUUUGUAUAUAAUUGAGGAGUUGCCUGUAACUAGUUCAAGGAAUACCAGCAGUCUUAUCGGGAACCAAGAACUUUUGAAUUGUGACCAUGGUCAGGGAUUAAUUUCCAGCGCAAGUUUAAACCCGUUAGUGGUGAAAUUUCUGCAAUUGGAGAUUGUUUCUAUUGCAGACGCAUUAAAAGCUUCUCGUUUUUGUGUCGGUUCUAAAAAGCGAAGAGUUGCGGCAAUAGUGAGCACUAUCGUUGAACCACUGCGCAUUGUUGAUGAUAUGUGGACAAUGACUGUUUGUCUAAUGGAUGAAACUUCUAGGGGGCUAAAUGCCAUAAUCGCUCAUUCCGUGCUUCUUGACCUUAUCGGUCUAACUCCAGAUGAGGCAAAAACCAUCCGCGCUAGUAACGACAAGGCGAGGAGGCGAGAAGGGACUGCCCGGUUAAAAUCUGUAAGGGAGUCGAUUGAAAGGCUCGAUCUGGUUUGGGAAAUAGAAUUUUAUGCUGCCGGGAAGUCAACGCCAGUCGUAAGAAACAUGCAGACUUUGUCACAGUCACUACAGUUGGUUGACUGA